AGCUUUGGCCCCCUUGCACCUAUGCACCGGUCGCGCAGCAGGCGCUGGCAAGGCCGGGCUCGAGCGAAGUUGAGGAGGCGCUCCAGGUCCCCACGGAGGUCCCCACGACGGCGACGCCAGGACUUUGACAGCCGCUCAAGGUCCCCUCGCACGGGCGUCAAUGCCAUUCCGAUAGGCUGCCCCGAGUCUGAGGAAGAGACCGAGGCAAGAGUGUGGAUUCUCCACAGUGAUGCGGCCAAAGUUAUCGGGAGGAAUGGCAGAGCCUUGCGGGAGAUUGAACACAGGACUCACACCCGGAUCAGGGUGUCCAAAGAAGAAGACAUGCUCCCGACAAAGGAGCGGUCUGUAGACAUCUUUGGAAGCCGAGCGGAUCAAGAUGCAGCCGUGGAUCUGAUUCUAGAUGUGGUGCUCUACUGUCGUGAGGAUGGCGGACAGGUCAUCAAGGACGUCAGGAAUAAUCCCUCCCCUGGCCGCGAGGAGCCUCGGGGGGACGCGCAACGUGUCAUCACCGUGCUGCCCGCGGAAGUUGGCAAAGUACUGGGCAGGAAGGGGGAGACGGUUAGACUCAUCGAGAGGGACUCAGGAGCCAAAGUGGAGCUCGACAAGGCCCAGGGAAAGGUGGAGAUCUUUGGGAAGAAGGACGAGCAGGACAGAGCUGUCGAGCUGCUCCUAGCAGAGGUGCACUUUGCCAAGGACGCAGACGGAACUGUGCUGAAAGAUGAGCCCAGGCCAAAGCAGCGUGCUGAAACUGAGUCAGAACUUCCAUCUCCUGCCAAGAUUUGGGUCAGGGAUCGCGAAGCAGGGCGGGUCAUUGGUCGAGGAGGUGAAACCGUUCGCGAGGUGAUGGAAAAGUCGGGUGCAGACAUCAAGGUGCAGAAAGCUGAGGAGAUGGCUCCUGGCAGCAAAAACCGGGAAAUCAAGCUGAUCGGUAGCAAGGAGCAGCAGGACGAGGCGAUUAAGUUGAUCCUGAACGAGGUGUCUUGGGCCAAAGGGCCUGACGGCGUUCUAAAAGGCGAAGCUUCCCAGGACGAAGAGAAGGUUCAGGAGGAGGAUGUUAAAGAGAAAGAGAAGGAGGAGCAGGAGAAGGAGUUUGAGAAGAAGGAGAAGGCCAAGCCGCGGAGAUUCCGAGAGACUGCGCGGGAGCUAAACAGGCCUAAGAGUGGCCCUGCGCGCUGGGUUUGCGCGACCUGUGGCGGUGACCAUCGCACAAAGGAGUGCCCGCAUGCCACCGGCAUCCUAGGGGUUGGCGUCCAGCUGGGCAUGCAGAUGGGACUGCAGGCGAUGGGCUUGCCGACGCCGCCCAUCAUGCCCUUCCCCGGGCACGUGCCAAUGGGUCAUAGCAUGCCGCUGCCAGGCAUGUCGAUGGGCUUGCCGGGCAUGGUCCCAGGCAUGAAGCCGAUGGGCGUGUUAAGCCAAAGCUCGUCCAGCUCCUCGAGUCCAGAACACGGCGAAAGUCCUGCUGGAACCCCUGAGAGCCCUGAGAGCCCUAGGGGCCUUGGCCUUGCCCCAAAGCGGAGGAGGAGAGUCAAAAAGCAUCGCGAGGGCACCCAAGGCGUGCUUCGUCGGCGCCGGCGUGAAGAACGCGAUUUACCAGGUGAACUGCCCACAGAUCGCCGGCGAGGAAUUGGGCGAGACGCCUUGCCCGAGGCGAAGCGUCCGUGACCAAGAAGAAGAUCGUCAUGUCGGACUUGUGAGUCUUACACAUGAGAUUUCAGUUUCACGCCAAGAAAGCGCAGACCCCGGCCUUCUCAACAAGAGGCAUUCAGCCAAAUGGUAUGAGAAUGAGCCGCUGACACUGAGCUCCGCUUCAAGAGUGUGUGUGCCGGUGAAAACGCUCUCAAGACGGUUGCGCCCAGGCUUUAAUGCUGCAUCUGUAAGAGAUCAUUGAGCAUGCAACUUCCGCCACGCCGUC